ACGAGAAGUAGCUCUGGAGGUUCAAAUGCGCUCCACGCUGAUACAACAUGUGCCAGGGAUUGUUGCUGGAAUGAUAUCGUCCGUUCGCUCAGUCAAAUAGCCCUUUUGUAGCGUCGUCCAUUUCGAUUUGAAUGCCGUGGAUACUCACGAUACAACCCUUGUCUUUUUUCCACCUAUUGCGGAAUGAACUAUCGCAGUCUGCCUCAUAAUCUCGGCUACGCUUGGGACUCGGGCACUCUUCACUCUCUGAGAAAUAUGCUACCAAUGCACGUAACGAUGUCAAGUCCUCCCAACGAUCUGCGUAACGUGUCUGACGAUCGCAUCAAUCUUCAAGAUAUUCGUCAUUCCCGUACUGAGCUACGAUACGAAACCACGAUGGAUGGAGAUGUUGCAUUUGUCCAUCCUUCUACUUCCUAUGAAGAUUCCAUUGAUCGUUCGAAGACGCCAACACAUUCUCAUUUCAAGCCCCAGGACUGGCAGGCAAGAAGCCCUAUUGGUGACUCGAAGGAGAGUGAUCACGAACUCCGUAACCCUUCUUCACCACCCAAAGAGGAGCGUCGUAGACCUCGCCAUGAGCGAAAUUUAUCGGCACAAUUUUUUGAAUCGACCUCUUUGAGUGACCGCGAGCCUGACAUGUUCAAGGACGAGGGCGACGCCCUGACUGGGCGGAAGCACCGCCGCAUGUUCUCCGGGGGUGUCAGUAAUCCUCCACAAGCCCAUCGACGAAUGAACUCCAUCGGAAACUCGCACGCUGUCCAACGUCAACAUCACCAUCGAGUCAAUAGCGCAGGCUUGGAUAUUCUGUCUGCAGCUGUAGCUGUCACCAAGGACGAACUCGAAGGUGCCACAGGAGGCCCUAUACCCGUGGCACCGUGGGAUCCGCCGCACCAACAAGAGCGACCGUCUAUUGGACAAGUAUCGACGGGUUCGUUUGAGCAGCCAUAUUCCGCUCACCACGUAGGCAUGAACCCUCCCCCACAACGACGUGCAGAUUCUCACCCACACCGACAACGUUACAUGCAACAGCAGCCACCACCACCAUCAAGCGGUCCGUAUCAUUCCCACUACCAAGGUUAUCAUCCGCAUCAUUCCUAUCCGUACUACCAGCAGGUUGGAUAUCCCGCACCCCCAAACCAUUCACCGCCGCCGCACGAAUAUCCCGAACAAUAUUCGCAACGCCAUGGAAUGUACAGAAGCUAUCCUUCACAGGAGCCGCACCCGGGCGCAAAUAGAUCUAGCCAAGGUCGCAAUACUCCACCGACUCCUCCGGAGUGGAGCCGACAUUCAUCGACUCAGGGAUCUCAGACUUUUGUGACAGCCAUGGCUGUAGGGACUGGCAAUCGCACGAUGCAUGCUUCGAGUACGCUCAAAAAUGCCGGUACGAAUACGGAAGAACGGCCUCCCUCCGAGGUACGGCACCACCGCAAAAUGUCAUCCUUAACGAGUCUAGGAACGAUCCUUGGUUCAUCUGUUUUCCCUGGUAAUGCUACGGAGCCAGUCCCGAAGGGACGUCACCAUCGUCAGACUUCUUCAAGUGUCUCGUUCCUCCAAGGCAUCGAUGUUGGACUAGAAGGCAACGACGCUGUAUUUUUGCGAAACCUACAAGCGUCCAACUCGCUAAAUCCGCAUUAUGGAACCUCUAUUCCGGAGGGACUAUCGGAUCACGAUGACGAUCCUGAUUCAAAAUCUUCUAUGCACGGGUCUCGGUUAGCUUCUGGCGGUACAAGCAAACGAGUUCGUCGCAAAUGUACGGUGGCCAACUGUCCGAAUCGUGUUGUACAGGGCGGUCGCUGCAUAACCCACGGAGCUAAGCGCAAAACCUGCAGACACCCGGGCUGUCCCAAGAAUGUCAAAAAGGCAGGCCUCUGCAGCACCCAUGGCCCCGCCCGGAAAAGGUGUGAGGCUCCGGGAUGUGAGAAGGUUGCCGUGCAGGCAGGAAGAUGUAUCGCGCACGGUGCAAAAAAGAAGCUUUGCGUUGUAGAGAACUGUACAAAGCAAGCUAUCCUAUGCGGUAUGUGCAAGAAGCAUCACGAUCGGAGCUCAGCCGAUGGACGUCGUGGGGACUCGACCGCCGAAAGUGACUCCUCGCAACAGUAUUGCCAGGAAGUGCCGCCUGUCCCACGGGUCAAACCGGGUCACACUCGAGGACUUUCCAUUUUUCAAGAAAUUUCUGCCGAUACUGUUCAGCAUAUUUUGGAAGACACGACAACCCCGACCGGAACCAUUUCAGCAGAGCAAGAAACUCAGCCCCGAUCGUCUGCCUGGUAAAACGCUGACUUUGUCAGCGACACACUUGUAUUUUAUGGCGUGACAAGCAACGCAAGUUCCGACGUGGCUUAAUGAGGACGUUGGGAUAAGUAUCCGAGCAACCCUACUUUCAAAUUUGACACACGGUCUCGCUAGCAAUUUUCCCUCUCCUAUUCCUAUCUGAAGUAUUCAAAUAAUUCAAAAGUGACUUGUGU